AUCACAAUUCACAGCGCUCAAGUUCUCGCGCCCAGAGCCAAAUUUUUCUCCACUCAAUCACUGCAGCCAUGGACGCCAGCGGAGCCGGUAGCAAGGCGAAGAAGGGGGCGGCUGGGCGCAAGGCUGGCGGCCCCAGGAAGAAGUCGGUGUCGCGGUCCGUCAAGGCCGGGCUGCAGUUCCCCGUCGGCCGGAUCGGGCGCUACCUCAAGAAGGGCCGGUACGCGCAGCGCGUGGGCACCGGCGCCCCCGUCUAUCUCGCCGCCGUGCUUGAGUACCUCGCCGCCGAGGUGCUGGAGCUGGCCGGCAACGCGGCGAAGGACAACAAGAAGACGCGCAUCGUCCCGCGCCACGUGCUCCUGGCGAUCCGCAACGACGUUGAGCUCGGCAAGCUGCUGGCUGGCGUCACCAUCGCGCACGGCGGUGUCCUCCCCAACAUCAACCCGGUUCUCCUGCCCAAGAAGGUGGCGGAGAAGGCGUCUAGCGGCGGCAGCAAGGAGAGCAAGUCCCCUAAGAAGGCCGCCAAGUCCCCAAAGAAGGCAGCCAAGUCCCCGAAGAAGGCUUAGAAAUUAGUCACUCCACUAGCGCUCUGCUGUAGCAUGUUCGUGUUUAGAUCUGUGGAUGUUAUGUGUUCCGGCCUAAUUUCCUCUUUGCCUUGUGGCUUCUGAUAUGUUCAUCGGCAUGUUUGCCGUGUUGUGUUUCCUUGUUCUGAUUUUGCAAUUCAUCAUCUUGUUGAAUGAACUUACUAUCGGGAAAUGAAGCAUAAUAACGAUGCAAAA